AAAAAAACAAUCCAAGAUUUUGCGACCAGAAAAAAUCCAAGAUUUUCUCUUUAAAAACAAUUCAAUAUAUUUGAUUUUAAAAAUGGUCGUGUAUGGUCAAGCUAUAUAUAAGGUAUGGCGUAUCCUUUAAAACCCCUCGUCAGCGAAUCAAGAUCUGUCACUGAGGAGAUAACAGCACCAUGGUCAGAGACAACCUUACCAACCAUUUUGUCCCGCUAUCCUUUGGAAAACAUUUUCAAUGCCGACGAAUUCAGGCUCUUCUUCCAAUGCUUUCUAAAUAAAUCUCUGCACAUAAAGGUGAAAAGUGCUCUGGAGGAAAGCAUAGUAAAGUCAGACUUACUGGGUUAGCUGCUGGCAAUGCCUUAGGAGAGCGCUUACCAAUGUUUGUAAUCGGAAAGUCUGCCAAACCUGUCGAUAUCGUUCGCAAAAAAAAGAGCUGAAUGUCUGGAGAGCGAAGAAUGGGUACGCGAGCUUGAUCGAAAAUUUUCUGUCUCUAAACGAAAAAUUGCUCUGAUUGUUGACAAUUGCACCGCUCAUCCUCAUGUCGAAAAGCUGGAAUAGGUAGAAUUAAUCUUCCUUCCUCCGAACACAACGUGGCAUACUCAACCUAUAAACCAAGGAAUCAUUUGUGCACUGAAAGCGAAGUAUCGAUCGUUAGCAGUCCGCAAGUUGAUAAAAGCAUUGGAUGAAAAAGUCUAUAUCCCGAAGUUCUCGAUUCUUGCUGCUAUGUUCAUGCUUAGAAAAGCGUGGGACGAUAUUGACAACCAAACCUUUACCAAAUGUUUUCAGAAAUCAGGAAUUUCCCAGAAGGUUGCUGAAAAUGCCAUCAACGAAGAUGACGAUCCAUUCAAAGACCUUGCCAGUAGCGAGGUAGAAGAGGACCCAAUCCCAACCCUCGAUGCUGAUCUCUCGUACAUAAAACUAAGGUUUCCUGACCAUAUCGAUUCUACCAUAUCAGUUGAGGAUUUUAUUGAUUUCGAUAUCGAAAUGAGCACAUCCCAUACAAGUCUAAAAACUGCUGACAUCAUUGCUGAUAUCACUGGAACUCAAGGUGAGGAAGAUAUAGAGGAUGAAAAAGAUGACGAUGACAAGGAUGAGAAUAAUAUUUCAAAACCGACGGCUGAAUAAGUGCGUUCAGCAAUCACCGUCCUUGAGGACCUAACCGUUUUCUCGAAAUUUGGGGAAGUGGCUUCCCUAAAGGACUUGAAUAAACACAUCAAACGAGAUUAUGAUGAUAUUGGAAACAAUCAUAACUGAUUUUUUUCAAAAAAUUUGAGCAAAAAGCAACUAAAACGCUCUGUUUUUGUAUUUCACCAACCCAGAACCUCCAAUAAGUAAGACUGCGUACUUAAUAUACUGUUUUUGUUCAUCUGGUAGGCAAAUAAGGAAAAAAUUUUGAAAAAACUUGAAAACCUCUACUACUCAAACGUCUCCUUAACUCGAACGGUUUCCUUUUUCCCCUGGCCGUUCGAGUUAUGGAGACUCUACUGUAUAACCGUGCUCACAAAUAUUUUUCCGGGUUUUUUCCGACUUGCCGACUUAGUUUUUACUACCACAAGCGAGUUGGUCGGUGGACGUGAACAUAACAUAUUUUUGAUGGUGGCCUAAGUUGUGAUAACGUUGAUUGAUACGACAAAUAAGAAAAAUAUUUUGUGCUCUAGGCAAAAUUAAUGCUUUACCAGUUGAUAUUUGGCUACUAGCUAGCUAGCUACGCUUUUUAGUAGAGCUAUUUUGGCUAUUUUUUCAAUUCUCAUACCUUCUUUAGCUUGUUAUUUACCCGAUGUGAUACCAUAGUUUUUUUUUAAUUUUGGAAUAACACUGUUUUAGGUUUGUGCACAUUUGGAAUCAAGGAAAGUCAAGAAUGAAGUCAUGAAAGGUUUAGGGAAAAUAGUGUUAGUAACAGAUUAAUUAAUUUUAUUUAUCAAUAGACAGAAUUAAUGGCUGCCCAAAGUCCUCAAAGUCUCAAAGUCAUGGUAGUGCCAACCAAGCAAAUCACAUGUUUUUCUUGAUUAUAAGGAAUAUGCUUUAUAAGAAUAUUAGGCUAGGAUUCUAGGACCUGAAAAAGAGAAGGAAAUUGUGUUUUCUUUUUGAAUUAAAUUCCUCAUAUUGUGGAUGAACAGAAAGAUUUGAAACCUCACAGGAUUUGGGAAAUCGUGACUGGCCCAGGCAAGAGAUUCUCUAGCAUUAAUAUGAGAACAGUAUUUGCUUUUCGUGAACUUGGGAAGGGGCAUGCCGCCAUGAAAACUUUUGCUCGUUGUAUGAAUAUGCCGCCACCCAUGACAAACGAAGACAUACAAAAAUAUAAACAAUGUACUGCAUAAUGCAUAUGGAGAUACUGCUAAGGAAAGUACUUUCCUUGCAGCUAAAGAAACAAAGGAAAAAAUAUCUCCAGGUGCACCUGACGACUCUGUGUUAGAUUGCCAGGUUUCACUGGAUGCGACAUGGCAAAAAAAAGGACACGCAUCAAUAAACAGCGUUGUAACUCUGAUGUCAAGAAAAAAUUCUGCAGUUAUUGAGUUCAAUAUUGGUGUUACAGGGUUAUAUGGUGUUUUAUAGAGAUGCGGAAUAAAGUGUGGAAGGUUUAUGGGGUUGGCAACAAAACGAAAAGACAGUCUUCGUUUGCAUAACAUGAGUUUGAAAUUAAUAAGGCGCGGAGUUGGUAGAAAGAAAUUAUAAGCAGUUAGAAAAGGAUUUAUAGAUGCAGAAAAGCAUGCAGAAGGUGAAACUUAUGCACCACAGGCAUUUUAAUGUUGCAUUUGAAGGCAAAAUUUAUUUACCAAGAUUUUUAGUUUUGUUUUUUUAAUUUGUAAUUUUUAAGUGCGAUUUUCUCUUUUAUGCGUUUUUACUUAUAUCAAAUCUCAUAUCUAGAGUUCUGAACAAGAUUUUUCCUUGAAAUUUUGUGAGAAGUUUCAUUAACAUACAUGCUAGGACAUGUACUAGAAUCAAGAGAAACAGCCACUAUUAAAAUAAGUUUUAAGUUGUCGCAAGAUGUCAUAUUAUUGACAAAAUUAAAUCAAAUAUUCAAAAUGGCAUACCAAAAAAAACCCAUAAAAUUUCAUCAUUUUAGUAUAUAAAUAUAAAGAAUGACCCCUGCAAGUUUGAAACAAAAAGCU